AAACAAAUCAUGUCAUAUGAUAAGAUAGUUUAAAAACGGAAACACUUCAUCUUGAGUAGAAAUAAUAAAUUUUAAUUUCUCAAAUAGCCUAGAUCAUUCAUAUACUUAAAAAGUAAUCAAAUUACAGGAUGGAAGAGAAAAUACACUCAGAGAGUAACUCGUGCGAUACAAUGGGCGGACAAUCUGGAAAGUUGUCUUUCAAUACAAAAGAUGAAUCUUCAUCGAAUACAUAUACGUAUAAAGUUUCGAUCAAAACAGGUGACCGUCCAAAAGCUGGUACAGAUGCCAAUGUUUACAUUGUGUUGCAUAGCAACGGACAAGCUUCACGGGAAACGAAGCUUGACGUAUUCUUCAGGAACGACUUCGAAAGAGGACAGCUGGACUCUUUUAACAUAAGCAAACUUCCGUUUGCAUCGAUUGAUCAUAUUGAAUUAUGGAGGGACAACUUUGGAAUUUCUUCUGACUGGAACAUUGACACGAUCUCAGUGAAGAACACGGGUACCGGGGAUGAGGCAGUGUUUCCGAUUUUUCGGUGGAUUCGAGCCAAUUACCGAUACAACUUUAUUCCGCUCGACACAAGUCUGCCGCAGUACGACGAGAGAAAAGAACAAAGACAAAAAGAACUCGAGGAAAAGAAGGCAUUGUACGAGUUAGCUAUCCCUGCUCCGGGUAUUCCAAGCAGAAUUAAAGCCAUCCCCGCGGACGAGGAGUUCUCAUUUGACUAUCUCUGGGACUUGAACAAGAAAAAGCUGGUGUUGUUGGCAACAAGUAAAGUGAAGCGUAUUGCCACCGGAGCAUGGAAAACAAUAGAGGAUGUCAAAAGUAUAUAUACGAAGUCUGUUUUUGUUCCACCAACAGACACGGAGAAGUGGAAAGAUGACGUCAAAUUCGGUAAUCAGCGUUUAGCGGGCGUCAAUAACACUGUUAUCCGACUGUGUACGGAAAUUCCCGAAAAGUUCGGAGUUACACCAGAAAUGGUCGAGCCUUUCUUGGAAGGAAAAUCUCUCGGUGACGCUUUAACAGGUCGAACAAUUUUCAUCAUCGAUUACGAUUUGCUAGAAGAUUGUCCGUGUAAGGAAGGACACGUUGUGUGUGCACCUAUAGCCCUGUUCUAUAGACGAAACGAUGGAAAGCUCGUUCCCACAGCAAUUCAACUGUUUCAAAAAAAGGCAGACGAUAAUCCGGUGUUUUUGCCGUCUGAUCCAGAAUACACGUGGGUUUUGGCAAAAAUGUGGUUUAAUAAUGCCGAUGCACAAUAUCACCAAGCUGUAACUCAUCUUGGUUAUACGCAUCUCAUAAUGGAAGGUAUUGUAGUAAUAACGCACCGCACAUUGUCCCAAUCACAUCCGCUCUUUAAACUUUUGGCGCCGCAUUUUAUCUAUCUCAUCGCGAUAAACACUCGCGCGGUAAAUAAACUAUCGUCGAAGGGUGGGAUCUUAGAUCAAGUCUUUACUGUCGAGACCAGAGGUAUCUUGGAACUUAUAAGCAGACGUCGACCAAGUUGGCGAUUUGAUAGGGACGGUUUAAUACCAGAAGACUUCAAAGCACGUGGUAUAGAUGAUCCGGAAGUUCUUCCUCGAUUUCCUGCGAGAGAUGACUCUAUUUUGAUAUAUGACACAAUCAAAAAAUAUGUCGAAAAAUAUGUUGAUCUGUACUACGAAACAAAUGAAGUGCUUCUCGCAGACGACGAGAUUCAAAAUUGGCGGGAAGAAAUUACACGAAGCGUAGAUAACUAUGGCUUAGGCAUGCAGGGAGUCCCGGGCGGUGACAGCGGUAAGUUUACAACAAAGGAGCAAUUAGUUACUGUUCUUACUGGCUUCAUUUCCAUCUUCAGUGUUGGUCACGCAAUGGCAAACUUUGCGCAAUAUGAAGAGUAUUCACAUCCACUGAACUAUCCCUCCCUGUUACGCGGAACCCCUCCAAAAGACAAAUCAACUCGUGCUGAAUCUGAUGUUGUAGCAACGCUUCCUGACAAAGAGUCACACUUCUCGAUCAUGAUCACUGGAAAGAUUUUAAGUGAGCGGGGAACAAAGCCUCUUGGUGACUUUGAGGUCAACUACGUAUUUGACCCGGAAGCAGUUAAAAUUGUAAACGAAUUCCGCGCAGACCUAGCGAAUAUCAGUGAAAUAAUAUCCAAAAAGAAUAAAACAAGAGACCCACCGUACCCGUAUCUCGACCCCGCCGAAGUCCCAAAUGCUAUUAGUAUUUAGGCUUUUCACAUGAAAAGUAAUAUUUCAUGUUAUAUGAAUGAGGCAAAGCCUCAAAGCGAACUCUCUGACCGAUAUAUAACGCUAUUAUGUAUUUAUUAAACCCACCAGCAAUCUGCACACUAUCGGCCGAAUCUUUCACUCAACUCUUUACUUCUACACACUAUUUUGUGUUCGAAAAUACGGCCAUUUCAUGAUUUAUUUAUGAUAUUAAAAUUGAACUCACCCGUCGGAGAGCAUAAAUUUGCUUAAAAUUUGCUUACAUUUUGGUAAAUGUACUUUCGCGAAACUUGAUAUAAGGAUUGACGGUAAUCGGAAAGGUUUCCGAGUGUCAAUUUGAGUGGGAAC